GCAGCUGCUCCGUCUGGCCGUGGACCUGUGCGGAGCGGCGCUCGCGCCCCACCUGGACGACGCGGUGCGCGCGCUGCGGGGCGUGCUGCUCGACCCUUUCGCCGCGGUGCGCCGCGAAAGUUGCGAGUGCGCAGCCGCUCUGGCGCGAGCCACUCCUGAGCACUUCCACAUGCAGUCGGAGUCCCUGAUAAGCCCCCUGAUGCAGACCAUCUCCCACCAGCACUGGAAGGUCAGAGUGGCCGUCAUCGAAGCCACCGGCACUGUGAUCCAGUUUGGCAAUGGCAAUUCGGUGGAUGAUGUUCUUUCCCACUUUGCUCAAAGACUCUUUGAUAACGUCCCUCAGGUCCGGCAAGCAGUGACCUCGGUGGUUGGGGGCUGGCUGCUGAAUCUUCGUGACCGCUACUCCUUCUUCCACAAACUCACCCCACUGCUGCUCAGCAGCUUCAGUGACGAGAUGCCUGAGGUCCGACAGACAGCCACCAGCCUCUGGGAGAAGGUCGGGCUGAAGUGGCAGGAGGAGAAUGAGGCAGAUCUAAAGGACAAGCUGGAUUUUGCUUCUCCUCCUCCUCCCCACUACCCUAAAAACGAGAGCCGCCCUGGCCUGGGCUGCCGAGAGCUGGUCUUUAGGAACCUCUCCAAAGUGCUUCCAGCUGUCUGUCGUGAUAUCACCGACUGGGUGAUGGGGACACGGGUAAAGGCGGCACAGCUCUUGCCAGUGCUGCUACUGCACGCAGAGGACCACAUCACGCAGCACCUGGAGAUCAUCCUCAGAACCCUGCAGCUGGCGUGUACCGACGAGGAGAAGGCCGUGGUCAGCAGUUGUGUAAGAGCCGCAGAGCUCAUUGGCACCUUCGUCAACCCAGAAGUGUUUCUGAAACUGAUCUUAGCCAUGCUGAAGAAGGCACCCUCUGCCUCUGGCCUCUUGAUCCUCGCAUCUGUCAUCCAGGGAUGCCCCCAGAACACCCUCCAGCCGCACCUCAAGGUCAUAGCCACAGAGCUGGCCCAGGAGCACAUCUGCCAAGGGUCUGAGAAUAGUCUCUACCUGGAACAUCUGCUGCUGUGUGUGCAGGCUUUGCUGUCUGUGUGUCGGGAAGACUGUCGUGCCGCCAGCCUGCAGCUCCUGGAGGUGCUGGUGACAGUAAUGGCAGUCUCAAGUGCCGUGGGCCUUUGGAAGAAGGCCCAGAAGACCAUGGACACACUGGCUGAGGUGGAGGACAUCCCCAGCAGUCAGGACCUCUACCGCAAGCAUGUGGGUGCACUCCUGGAAAGGCUGACAGCCUCGCAUGGCGAGUGGACAGUGCACUCUGUGCAGUUGCUGAAGUUCACUGUGGUCCUCACCCAGGCAGGCCCAGCUGUCGGAGAAGCACUGCAACAUGUGAUUCCCACCCUCAGAACCUGUCUCCAGCCCACCACAGACCCGCACAUGCGCCUGAAGCUCUUCUCCAUCCUGUCCACGAUGCUGCUGAGGCCUAAGGACACUGUUGACUCUCAGGGACAGUUCCAUGGCUACUUGGAGAUGGUAGUGAAUGACAUCCUGGCCCCCAACUUGCAGUGGCAUGCAGGGAGGACGGCUGCAGCCAUCCGGACAGCUGCCAUAUCCUGUCUGUGGGCACUCACCAGCAGUGACGUCCUAUUGGCCAAGCAGGUGCAAGAGGCGCAGGAGACCCUGAUGCCACAGGUGCUGGCCACUCUAGAGGAUGACUCCCAGACCACACGCCUGGUCUCCUGCCGCAUCAUUAGCGUAUUUCUCAAGAACUCAGGGGAUACCAUGGAGCCAGAGAAAUUCCUCAGGGUCUAUCCUGAGCUCUUGAAGCGCCUAGAUGAUGUCUCCAACGACGUGAGGAUGGCAGCUGCUUCUGCCUUGCUCACCUGGCUGAAGUGUGUGCAGAGCUCUGACGGGAAAUCCGCCUAUCAGAGCAGUGUUCAGUUCUUGUACAGGGAGCUGCUGGUCCAUCUGGAUGACCCUGAAAGUGCCAUCCAGGACACAGUCCUAGAAGUCCUCAAGGAGGGCAGCGUCCUGUUCCCAGAUGUGCUGGUUCGGGAGACCGAGGCCGUCGUCCACAAACACCGAUCAUCUGCCUACUGUGAGCAGCUGCUGCAGCACAUGCAAGCCAUGGCUGCCGCUCGGUGACCGUGUGCAGCAGCCACUAAAGGGCCCCAACCGUCUGAAGAGCAGUGCGGGUGGCCUGGAGACUAUGCAUUUAAGGCAACCAUGUCCACAGCCCAGGCAUCCUUGGGACCCUACCAACCGCAGACGGUGCUUUGAGCAGCAGCUUCUCUUUCCCAAGCAGGUUCUGGGAUUUUGUAACAUGCCUACUAUACACAGAGGCCUCAAAAAGCUACAAUUAAAGUUAAGUGCCCCAUCCUUGCCAGCUUCCCAACUAGCUGCUUGAAUAUAAUGUUUUUAAGGCUUCCUCGCAAGCCCCAAGAGGUCCUGGCCUGCUUCCAUGCUCACCAAGGAUGCUCUUCAUGUUGCAAGAAAGCCAAAGCAAUUGUAAAAACAGCCAUCCACUUACUUUGGGCUUUGUCCCAUCAUCCUAGGCUGAAGAGAAUGCCCAGUCUUGACUCACUGAUGAAGUUUCUCCUGAUUUUUUGUUUUGUUUUCAACAUGGUUUUUCUAUGUAGCAUUGGCUGUCCUGGAGCUCCCUCUUAAGCUCACAGAGAUCCUCCUGCCUCUGCCUCCCAAGUGCUGGGAUUAAAGGCAUGGGCCGCUACCAACUGACUUCUCCUGACUUUAAAUACACUGGAACUUGCAAUGUGGGUGCACUUCUCCUGGCAUUUCUGUUUCUCAGUAUUAGUGAUGCCCACAGAUAAAGGAUAAACUAGGAAACCAGACCUCGUCCCUACCGCUGGCUUACAGCAGUCAGUAGAUAGUCAUUCCCCGUGUCAUUUCCACCAAGUGCCUAAAACGUUUUUAAGUGGAUGUUUAUCAGCAGCCAAUAUUUUUGUUAAGACAAUGGGAAGAAUGGGGAGAGGUGUUUCCAACAAAUUUUAACAUUUCUGCUUUGCCGUUUGUGGAAUUAAAUUAUUUAUUAGUUAC